CCCUUCAGAUACGCGCGAACAUUAGAACCCCAAACCACAACAAGUCAUUCAGAGUGCUCGAAGUGUGAAGUGAGUUGAUUGAAUAGUUGCAAAGGACGUAAGGACUUUCGUGCGGAAACUAAAUAAUACUAAACGUUUCAAAAAUAAUCCAAGAAGGAUGGUCGUAUCGGUGAAAGUUUUCAAGAAGGCCACCCCCAAUGGCAAAGUAACCUUCUAUCUGGGUCGCCGUGAUUUUAUUGAUCACUUGGACUACUGCGAUCCUGUCGACGGUGUGGUGGUUGUAGACCCAGAUUAUUUGAAGAAUCGUCGUGUUUACGGACAGCUAGUCACCACCUACCGCUAUGGCCGUGAAGAGGACGAAGUCAUGGGUGUCAAAUUCUCAAAGGAGCUGAUCCUCUGUCGCGAGCAAAUCGUGCCGAUGACCAACAGCAACAUGGAAAUGACACCGAUGCAGGAGAAACUCGUACGCAAGUUGGGCGGCAAUGCGCAUCCAUUCACCUUCCACUUCCCACCCAGCUCACCCAGCUCGGUGACACUGCAACAGGAGGGCGACGAUAUGGGCAAGCCACUCGGCAUUGAGUACACCAUUCGCGCCUAUGUGGCCGACUCAGAGGAUGACCGCCAACAUAAGCGCAGCAUGGUCAGUUUGGUGAUCAAGAAGCUGCAGUACGCACCUCCAACACGAGGCCAGCGCUUGCCAAGCUCAUUGGUGAGCAAAGGCUUCACCUUCUCUAACGGCAAGAUUAGCUUGGAGGUGACGCUCGAUCGAGAGAUCUACUAUCAUGGCGAGAAGGUGGCAGCCACCGUGCAGAUCAGCAACAACUCCAAGAAGUCAGUGAAGAACAUCAAAUGCUUCAUUGUACAACACACAGAGAUCACUAUGGUCAAUGCACAGUUUAGCAAACAUGUGGCUCAACUGGAGACAAAGGAGGGCUGCCCCAUAACGCCAGGCGCAAAUCUAUCCAAGACAUUCUACCUAAUUCCAUUGGCAGCGAACAAUAAGGACCGUCAUGGUAUUGCACUCGAUGGCCACUUGAAGGACGAAGACGUGAAUCUAGCAUCCUCGACGAUGGUGCAGGAAGGCAAGUCCACCGGCGAUGCUUGCGGCAUCGUCAUCUCGUACUCGGUGCGAAUAAAGCUGAACUGCGGCACUUUGGGCGGCGAAAUGCAGACAGAUGUGCCAUUCAAGCUUCUGCAACCGGCACCAGGCUCUGUCGAGAAGAAACGCUCCAACGCAAUGAAGAAAAUGAAGUCGAUUGAGCAGCAUCGCAACGUGAAGGGCUACUAUCAGGAUGACGACGACAACAUCGUAUUUGAAGACUUCGCCAAGAUGCGUAUGAAUAAUGUUAAUAUGAAUGAUUAGGCGGGGCAGGCGCUUUGUGGCGCGCUUGUGGGCGCAGUGAGCUGCCCAAGAAUUGGACGGCUAUCCACGAACGUUUUGGCCCUGAGGGCGUAUGUGAUAUUACUAAUGGAAACUGACGGACGAAACUACGAAUGUAAUUUGUUGCUACACGGUCAUUUCGCCAUCGCAUCUCAACAUCGCAGCGGCACUAAACUUAAUCCUUAUUAAUAAAAAUUAUUCUUGUAUACUUUUUGUAUUUGUGCGUGUAUGCGAAGCAAUACUCAACCCAAUCAAUUACACGUCCAAAUACCACCUGUAUGGUGUGGAUUCUCUCUCGCACUACUGUUAAUCACAAUAAAAUUGUUGAUCUGUGAACGACGAUGAAAGUGUUA